GUACAGUCCCGUUAGUCGCAGUCAGGGUCCUGUUGGCAGCAGCGGCAGUCGGCGGACAGCGAGGAUGACAAACAUGCGGAGAUAACCUGCUUAUUCCUGUAAAACGGACAAUAUCAUGAACUUUUACCGGUGGGGUGUUUUAGUGGGGGCGCUGGUCUGUGUGUGUGAUAGCGUAGACGUCAUAAUGCGGGAGAAGCAGCGUUUUGCAAUGCUCUUCCAGUCCGUGGUCCUCCCGUGUCAGUACCAUACGGCCUCCACCCAGACCCCGGUGGUGCAGUGGUGGUACAAGUCCUACUGUCGAGACCGCACCAAAGACUCCUUCAUUGAGAAUCUGGGCGUCCAAGCCUCUGACCUGGGCUCCACGUCCCACCUGGAGUGCUCCGACAACAGCCGCACAGUUCACGUCGUUGCCUCGGCGCAGGGAGCCUCCAUGACGCUGGCUGAGCACUACAAAGGCAGAGACAUUGCCAUCAUAAACAAAGCGGACCUGCGGAUCGGGCAGCUGCAGUGGGGCGACAGUGGAGUGUACUUCUGUAAAGUCGUUGUCGCUGACGAUCUGGAGGGGAGGAACGAGGGCCAGCUGGAGUUACUGGUGCUCGGCAGGACAGGUCAGCCGGACGAUAUCCUACCUGAGUUUGAUGUGGAUUUUAUGCCAGAGUGGGCGUUUGUGGGCUCUGUAGUCCUGGGCAGUAUCUUGUUCCUGUUGCUGCUGGGCAUCUGCUGGUGCCAGUGUUGCCCUCACUCCUGCUGCUGCUACGUCCGCUGCUGCUGCUGCCCUGAAACCUGCUGCUGUCCACGACACUUAUAUGAGGCAGGAAAGAUGGCAAAGAGUGCUCAGCCUGCUCAGAUGCCUGUGUAUCCCUACUACAUUCCUGGGGUCCCUGCUGUGGUUCCUCUUGUGCCUUCAACGCAUGUGGAACCAAAUAUCGCCUCUAUCCCUUCAAUGGGGAAUAACUUGGCUGGAGUGAGCAGUGGUUAUCGACUGAAAGGCAGUAAAGACCAGGACUCAAUGAAAGUUCUGUACUACAUAGAGAAGGAGCUGGGUCAGUUUCCCUCUGCCAAGAUGGCUGCACUCAAACCCAGUAGCCUAUCAGAGCUGAGCUCUCUUCAUGAUGGAGGUAAUACAGAUUUCAGACACACCUAUCAGGCCAUCAAGAUGAAGGCACUGCCGUCCAUCCCAGACCUGGAUGACCAGUCCACACUCAGAGUUGCUCCACCUCCCCGGAGUCGCAGGCACAGACAAGACAGAGGCAACCACUCAGAUGAUGAACUAGACAGGAGGUGGAACCCUCGCUCAGAGCACCUGCAGAGAAAGACACUGAGCAGGAGAGGGCGGACCGGCUCUUUGGAUGAGCUGGAGGAGUUUGCUCGGUCUUAUGACAACCGCAGCCGUCGGGCUGAGCUUCCAGACCGAGCUUACGAACGGGAUUAUAGCCCACCCAGGCGUUCCUAUAGAGAUGAAGAUGAUGGUUGGGGCCGCCGAAGCCCCUCACCCUUACCACAAAAGAGAAGGGACACGUGGGACAGUGAUCGUCCCUCUCGCUCAUCCCCAAGCAGAGGCUAUGAUGAUGCCUUCCUCAACACUGUACUGCAGAAUAAGGCGAGGGGGCGGGGAGGAAACAGAGGUGCUUGGAGGGCGGAUGAGGACAGUGACACUCCUUCCAAAGGCAGCUCUAGGGGCAAGGGCAGUGAUAGUUACCACAGCCGUUCGCCUAGCAACCGACCAGAAGAAGAGGACCCUUUGCCUCCGUACUCUGAGCUGGAAGCGGAGCGGUACCGCAGGGCUGACCCGAACACAGACCGGUACCGCACUGUGGAACCUCCUAGAACAGAGAGAUACAGAACCACUGAACCAGCCACAAGGCCUUUCUCUUACACCCGCCCUCACCAGGGGAAGUGCCAAACGCUACAGGGGGGCAGAGAGGAGAGAGAUAGGAGCCGAAACCUGAGCACAGCACUGAGCAGGGACACUCUCAUAGUGUGACAGGGUUUCCCAGCCUCGGCCUGCACAGCACAGCACUGCCAGUCCGUUCGUUCAAACCGUCCUGUUGCUAUGCAGGAGGGGCUAACUGUUCUGCCAUCAGCCACAUGAAGUCUGGCUCUUCUCACUGAAAUAACCACACCAAUAAAAAAAAACAACAGUGGCUGCAAAAUCCUAAGAAGUAAAUGUGCACAUGUGUAUGUGGAUUUGUGUGUAUGCACCUGUUUUUAUUUGUUGAGCAUGAUGAGUUGAGUGAAUGGACUUACUUUUAUCAGUGCCAAGAUAUUUUUUACAAUCUGCCAACUACAGAAUUAUUAUGUAACAAUGAGCGGGAGCAACAGUCUUAUUAUUUUCCUCAGUACUCUGCAACUCAGGUUCACUUUGUAUUUGUCUGUUGUUGAUAUUGUACUAUAUGUAUGUACUGUACCUUGAAUUUGUUUUGCAGAUUUUAUUUGCACUGCUCAAGUACUAUUUGAAUAAAGAAAACUUUGAAAAGUCUUA